AUGUUCGGCUUCGGUUCACGAAAUGAGUUCGUGGUUGACGGCAGGACCGUCGUUAUCACCGGCGGCUCUGAUGGAAUGGGGAAAGCCGUAGCUAUCCAGCUAGCACAGAAAGGGGCAAAUGUCGUUGUCGUUUCGCGAACGGUUAGGAAACUCGAAGAAGCAGUGGAAAGCUUGAAGUCCGCUGCUUCCGACCCGAGCAAACAGCGAUUUCACUACAUCAGCGCCGACCUCACUAAUCCUGCCGAGGCUGAGCGAGUGUUAGAUGAGGUGACGACGUGGAACAAUGGGGCAGCUCCGGACGUUGUUUGGUGCUGUGCUGGGUACUGCACUCCGGGGUUCUUUAUCGACACACCGAUCCAGACCCUGAGAGAUCAGAUGGACACCAUCUAUUGGACCGCUGCAUAUACGGCUCAUGCUACGCUGAGGAGGUGGCUGGCCCCUAUCUCCCCAGAGGAGGCCAGUCAGCAGACGUCGCCGCCGCCGCGACGACAUCUGAUUUUUACUUCCUCCACUCUUGCCUUUUUCCCAGUGACUGGCUACGGCCCUUACUCGCCAGGCAAAGCCGCAAUGCGGUCGUUGGCAGACACUUUGUGCCAGGAGGUCGAAAUGUACAACGGCACCCGUCGCAACAAGAAGAAUGCUGCUCCUGCCGCCGACGUCAAGAUCCAUACUGUUUUCCCGAUGGGCAUUCUCAGUCCCGGGUACGAAAAUGAGCAGAAGCUCAAGCCCGCGCUCACGCAAUUGUUGGAAGAGGCCGAUAAGCCGCAGACCCCGGAAGAAGUCGCUAGGAUUUCCAUCAAGGCGCUCGAGAGGGGUGACUACCUUAUCACGACCAUGCUCGUGGGGCACUUGAUGAAGGGUACCGCUCUCGGUCCCAGUCCUCGGAACAACAUUGUUCUCGACACUUUGACGAGCUGGGCCAGCAGUCUGAUCUUCGUGUUCGUUAUUCCAGAUCUGGCAAAGAAGGCGUGGAACUGGGGGAAGAAUAAGGGACUUCCUCGGGAUAAGCCAGUGAAGAAGGAGCCUCAGAUCUCGUCCAAGUUGACUUUGGACCAGACUCAGCUGUGA